GAGUCUGGAGCGCUUCAUUAACGACGAAGAGUAGCAGGUGCCCUUAAUUUUUAAACAGUUGAAUGAUGGGCGACCGCCCCCUUCACUGUUCGAUUAAAAAUCCGGUUGUACUAACUGUAGAAGACCAGAAAAACGCUUUCCAUUCUGGAUGUAAAGUUAUAGAUGUCACGUUCCCAAACAUUUCAGUCCCAGAGAAGCAGACUGUCCCUAUAUCCCUCUGUGAACGGGUUGGAGAAAUAUGUUUCAAGAAUUACUACACAGCAUAUAUUUCUGUACGAGUGAAAUUUAAGGCAGCUCCUGACAAUGCAACAGAUUCUGGUGAAAUAAAAUGGAGGACAUGUGUGCGCAAAAUGAGACUGAUGCCCAAUCCUCAUAAAGAAGGCGGUUCCCAAGAUUACUUCUCGAUAUCGAAGAAACAAUUUUCCUUUGACAUCUCUAAUAUAUCUGCCCUGCGUAUAAUUCUACAACAACCGUCUCCUGUGUGGAAAGAAUUCCGUGUAGAAGAUCUGCGGCUUUACAGGUCAUCAGAGAUGUUGAGUAAACCUCCACCCUUGCCUGGCUGGCUGACUGAGGACUCUGCAAACAGCACCAAGCACAAAUUAGAGGCAGAAAAAAUGGAUGAAAAAUAUAUAUUGAAACAUGCUCCUAGUAGGCCCAGUAACGCAGGGGGCAUACCCAACUUGGAGUCCAUAUCUUCAAGUUUACAAGAGUUAUGGGGGCUAUCUGAAGAAAUGUCUGUGAACCAAAGCAAAACGGACAUAGGACGAUAUGAGGUGGAUGGAUGUUACGAAAUCAAUUUACUGGCGUACACCUGAAAUAAAUUCACUGGAACACAUGUGUAAUGUCUGUGAAAAUCUUCCUCUCAGCCAAAUGCUGAUUAUCUGAGAGACAAACUGUCUACAUGCUGAGUUCUGUGGAGAUUACAGACUUAGUACACAGCUUUUGUUUUACGUCAUACUUUGCGAAGUCUUUUAGCAGUAGAUCAGAAUUUCUGUUUAUUACUGAUGCAUGUAUUGUUCAUCAUAAAAAUUUUUAUUCAUUGAUGUCGAAGACGGUGCAAAUAUAUUAUUUUCAAAUGACUAAAAAAGUUGGGUUUUUUUUAAACAAGGGCAUCAGAUAUAGAUUUAACUAUGAAUUAACAAUGGAAAAUAUAUACAUGUAAAAAGGUAGCGAGUCCAAAACUUUAAUUACAUUGAAAAGGAAAGUAAUGGAAAAGACUGCAAAAAUCAGAAAAGCCUGGCAUGCUUGAUAAUCAACAAAAAAUACUUCUUGAUUCAACAAUACACAAUUUCCUAUCAAGUAACUACAUGUAAAGUUGUCAUGCAACUUCAUUUUGGCUUACACAAUAAAAUUGUUAUGUAUUUAAUCUUCUAAGAAAUAUGGAAAAUUAUGUGAUUUAUGCCAUGUGAUUCAUUAUGAUGUUAAACUUGGAGUCAAAAUCUUGUGUUAAAACAUUUGCUCUAUAUAGUAAUGCAUGGGAAAAC